GCUAAGAAUAAAUAAUCAUUCUAAGUCAUGUAAACACAGAAAAUGAUCGUUUUCAGAAAAACAAUGUUCUGAUUCUGUUUUCCUAAUAGUCCCUUCAUUCGUUUUCUGAAGAGUUGAUCUGAUGUUACCGUACUGAAUGUGUGUCGGUGUAUAAUUGUUUAAUUACCCAGCCAGGUUUAACACGUUAAUUGAUUCCGGUGAGUAUAAAGGUGCUGGCUACGGGUUUAUCGGCACGCAGCUGCAGUGUUUGAUUCUGUGCUGAAGAGUUUGCAAUGGGGAUGCGCAGUGUUCAGACAGCGCUUUCGCUCGCUUUGAUUUUGCUUGUGCAGCUCCACGGCGCUUUUGGAUGGAGCUGGCCGGAUCAGCAGGUUUAUAACGCAGCGCCGUACCUGCAGCCUCCUGGAGCGCAGUCGUUUCCUGCAGCGGUAUUUCAGGCGAAGCCCACCCCUCGUUCCGUGGAGAGAGCUGACCUGUCGCUGUCGAGUUCGGUCACUCUGGACUGCAGGAAAGACGCCAUGGUCGUGACGGUGAACCGGGACUUGUUCGGGAUCGGCUACCUGGUGAACAGCGCCGACUUGAGCGUGGGAUCGGCGGGCUGCUCGGCCACCUCCACCGACAGCGUCGCAGGCACGGUUUUGUUCAGCAUCCAGCUCCAGGAUUGCGGCAGUACUUUCCAGGUAUUCCCAGACUUCCUGAGCUACACAAACCAUCUCUAUUACAAGCCUGCCAGCAUUGGUAUCAUCACCAGGGUUAAUAUGGCUGACAUUCUCCUUGAAUGCCGAUACCCGAGGAGGUGGAAUGUCAGCAGCAGCCCCAUAAAGCCAACCUGGGUGCCCUUCACUUCAACAGCCUCUACAGAGCAAAUCCUGGACUUCUCCUUGCUGCUCAUGAGUGGUAUGAAGGAAUGGGCUGGGUAUGGGGAGUGGGGUUUAAUCACAACCUGGCAACUAUCUUUUGAACAUGAAGACCAGUUUCUCUUGUAUUGGAUGCUGAAGCUGUUAUCUUCAAAUGGUUUUUAUCCUCCCCUCCCAUAGUUAACUGAGGGAUGCUGUGCGAGUUCCAACAAUGUCUUCAGCUAUUGAUUAUCAUAAUGGGGAUUAUUGGCCAAAUUCAAUUCUUGUUGCUACCUGAGUAUCAUGACAACUGCCAGUGUAAGGGGGUGAGUUUAGAAGAGAAAUGAAUAUAAAAUCCCCCUAUUGUAACUUGUAUUGUGUAAUUCAAAUGAUGCAUAUUUAAACAUGUGUAAUUGAGGGCAUUUACUUUCGGAAGAGCCAUGAAAUGCAUUCAAACAACGGAACAAAAUUGCACCCGUAACCUGGAAGCAAUAGUAUUCACUUGUGUGAAAUCUUCCAUUAAGAGAAUCCAACUAGGCUUGUGUGUGUCUGUAUAGAGUUGUGUUCUAUUUGCAACAUAGUUUCACAUCGCUGCUUGUAUGAUGGUUUAAUAAAAGAAACCGCCUACCCUCCAUUAAAAGAUGCAGCUACCUUUUAUUUUAUCCCUCCAUGGGAACAGAUACAAAUAUAAUUUCCCCAUGAGGUGCAUAGGCUGCAGUAUAAUGAAACAAUUUACAACAGGGUUGGAACACAGUCCAGGAGUGGAAGGGUCAGCAUUGGACACCCUGCCGGUGAUUUGCCAGUCUGUCAUGGAGCAGGGGUGGCCUAAGCUGGGUCUUCCACUGCUGGUGUUUCUGUUCUAAACUCUAAUUAAACCUCCAUCCAGGCCCUGAAAUAGUUUGUUUAACCCUGGAGCAGAAGGGCCCUCUAGGACUCAUUGCACACCCCUGGCAUGGAGGGUUCCUGCAGCUGUUUGUUGCCAGUGCACAAUUCCUCUGCCAGAUAACUGGAGUGGUCCUGUAGUAAGGAUUUGCUGGUGCGUUCUUUCCUGUAGUAGAGGUUCCUGUAUCAUGUGUUUUAAUUGUGGUCUCUGUA